AAAGCUCAGGAACCGGAAUCCUCAGCGAUGCCACCCAAGGAGCCUGGACUCCACCUCCCACAGGGCCUUCUUCAGCAGGUGACUUCUCCUGCACCCAGAUCUGAACUCUGUCUCCUGAAGGAAUCUGGAGGACUGUGUGGACUCGCUGUUCUAAAGUUCUGCCAUGGGCCGACUGGAUGGGAAGGUCAUUGUCCUGACGGCUGCUGCCCAAGGGAUCGGCCGGGCUUCUGCGCUAGCUUUUGCAAAAGAAGGAGCCAAAGUCAUAGCCACAGACAUCAAUGAGUUCAAACUCCAGGAGCUGGAAAAUUACCCAGGUAUUCAAACUCGAGUCCUUGAUGUCACAAAGAAAAAGCAAAUUGAUCAGUUUGCCUCAGAAGUUGAGAGAAUCGAUGUUCUCUUUAAUGUUGCUGGUUUUGUCCACCAUGGCACCAUCCUGGAUUGUGAGGAUAAAGACUGGGACUUCUCAAUGAAUCUCAACGUUCGCAGCAUGUACCUGAUGAUCAAGGCCUUCCUUCCCAAAAUGCUUGCUCAGAAAUCUGGCAACAUUAUCAACAUGUCUUCAGUGGCCUCCAGCAUCAAAGGAGUGGAAAACCGAUUUGUGUACAGUGCCACCAAGGCGGCUGUGAUCGGCCUCACGAAGUCUGUGGCUGCCGACUUCAUCCAGCAGGGCAUCAGGUGCAACUGUGUGUGCCCAGGAACGGUUGACACCCCAUCCCUGCAAGAAAGAAUACAAGCCAGAGAUGAUCCCAAAGAGGCACUGAAAGCUUUCCUAAACAGACAAAAGACGGGAAGGUUUGCGUCUGCAGAAGAAGUGGCCUUGCUCUGUGUGUACUUGGCCUCAGAUGAGUCAGCCUACGUAACAGGCAACCCUGUCAUCAUCGAUGGAGGCUGGAGCCUGUGAAGGCAGAGACGCCCCGUUGGGAAGGCAGGCCCUCCCUAUCCACAGAGAAAGGCAAACAGACUCGGCGAUCAUGAUCAUCUCUCCUAUGAAUGACAUUCACGAAAACAAGCCCCUUUUAGUGAUUGUUCCCAAGAGCGUGACUCAUUUUUAAAAUAUAGUCCUUCUUGUCUCUUCUGAAACUAUGGUAAAUAAAUCAAAUAAGAUGUA